AUGGCCGCCGCCCCUGCCGACAGCCUGAGUACUGAAUUAGAGUGUGCCAUCUGCUCCGAUCAACUGAAACAGCCGAAGUAUAUCGGUUCCUGCAACCACACAUUCUGCAAGGAGUGCAUCGAUAAGUAUUGGGUCUCCCUUGAGAAGCGGAGAACAAUUCCUUGUCCACAAUGCCGCGAAGAAUGCCCAAUCCCGUCAAAUGGUGGGGAUGGCCUGAAGGAUAACUUCAUGGUUACCAACAUCAUAGAGACAUAUCGAAAGCAACAACAGAAAGCUGCACUUCUCACGGAAAUCAAAUUCCAGCAACAGUCGACUUCCGCUGAAAAGCAAGCGACUGUCGGUACCGAAAAUAACAUAGCUAAGAAUAGGAAAGACAUCCGGGAUCACCAGGCAAAGAGUCAAACGAUACAAAAGAAAAUCGAUAUCUUAUUGAAGGAAAAGGAGAAGGAGGAUGAAAUUACAAAGCAACUCGUCAAAGACGUAGACAAACUCGAGAAAGAGAAGGCAAAAAUCAUCGCAAGCGUCAGAGAGAAGUUCACCAAAUCAUCUGAGAAGAUCAACCUACGUCUUCGAUCCCUUGAGACCCGUAGGCAAGAAAUGAAAACAAAAAUAGAGCAGGGCCGAGCAGUAGGAUCUACCAAGAUCACCAUUGAUACCGAGAGCAUUGCUAACCUGACCAGUAUCAGUCAGGAACUCGUGGACUUAGUCGGUGCUUUAAGGGACAGUGACACUGUGGCUGUGAUAGAGGAAGUCACGAGAUCGAUCGGUAAAACAAAGCAGGAUUUCCGACAAUUGAAGAAGGUGUGUAACUUUACCUUUCCAGGAAAUCAGCUGUGUCGGAUAGUUUACCGAUUGAAGCAUCUACCUGACUCUCGCCUUGCUACAUUAGCCCACUCUAGUGGUGGUUGGGGGUCUCGCCUUGCUACAUUAGCCCACUCUAGUGGUGGUUGGGGGGACACGAUUUACUUCCAUGACGAAGUAUCUUCUUCACUGACGGGCACAAUCACAGAGGGAGUUUACCCUGCUAAAGACAUGGCCUUCACAUCCACUGGUGAAGUAGUAGUGGCAAGAUUGAAAAAGCCGCCCAUUAGAGUGUUCAAGCCUGCUACUGGUGCAUACCGUGAUAUUAACAUUGCCCAUGAUGGGGAGGUGAUUGAUGAGCUGUGGUCGGUUGAGACUGAUGAGUCUGACAACAUGUUUGCCUUAACUUCUUUCAGUAAUUCAUUUCUUCUUGUUGUGAAACCGAAUGGCACCGUCAUUCAGUGUAUCAGGUUAACUGGACGUUCUUACUGUAUGGGUUUCUGUUCACUGAAUAGAACCCUAUACAUCGCUGUUGGUGACAGGAUCCUGAGGUUUCACUGGAGUAAUAACAUCCUUGAAGAGAUCUCAUCAUGUUCACACGGCGUGGAAGGAUUCCGUUGCGAUUAUGUUUGUAUUGGAAGUGGUGGCGAGGUGUUGGUGGCUGGUUGGAUGAGGAAUAAUGAUUACGUUAUCUACCAGGUGACAGAAGGAGCAGAUGAGGAGGACAUGGUAUUGGGGGAGAUAGAGUAUCAAGAUGGUGUGAAGAGAACAGAUCGUUACUACUCGCCACAUAUCUGCAUCAAUGAUGAUCAUCUCUGGCUUGCAUAUAAUGACAACCUUGAGAAGUUCAAGUUGGUUUAAAUAUUGGGUGUAUGUAGACCUACAUUCUUGUGUUGACACCACCCUACAGUCUUAGAUAACAUAUGAAGCAUUCGUGUACCAGGAUCGUACCUAGCGGGAUACAACGUCUUCGAAAAACCUGUUCGUCAUACAGAUUUGGACGCUUUUGUGACACAAUCUGUUGUUAAAUUGCCAAAGAGAUAAAAACGGCCCCGGAUACCAUUAGAUGGAUAAGAUAUUUUGAGUAAAUUGGAUAGAUAUUUGUCAUAUAAUUAUUGUGCGAUAGAAGUACUGGUACACGUUGUUUGGCACCAUUACGACAUUAGGUCCAUGUUCAUAGUUAAAGCCAAAAUGCGUUUUUUCCUAUGAUGCAUGCAGUACAGCUUCCUCUUUUAAAAAUUCUUUGAAAUUGUCAUUGGUAUAAGAUCAUAUGAUAUUGGAACAUAUCUUCUUAGCGUAUUUUAUGGUGGGAUUUAUUGAUAUACUAUUGGUUUAUUGGGACUGGGGGUAACUAUAUACCUUAGAUCUAGCAAAUCUUCCUCCCUUACUCGUCAUGUUGGAAAAAAUGUGCCGUUUUAUGCAUCGAUUUACGUGUAACUUUGUAUUGCUAUAUCGAGAGACAACCCCAUACGGUGUCCUCCAAAACUAUCACCCAAAACCGUUGGCGAAGCUCAAGCAUCAGAAGACCACAAAUGCUGCUCUGACUCUUCAGUUAGGAUAUCAUAUGACGACAUCAUCCCAGUACCAUGAACAUCGACAAUUGGUCACCCAUAUGACAACAUCAUCCCAGCACCAUGAACAUCCACAACUGGUCACCCAUUCGAUCGGCUGGAUUCGUUUAUUUCCCACCAAAUUACGUCACUCGCGCCAAUGCAGCUGAGUACGUCCUCAUCUGACAAGAACCAGAUAUCUGGGCGCUGUUGUUCAAAACAAUUUCACUUACACCGAUGGACUCUUUAAAUUUACUUCACACGAAUGAAAGUGACUAGUGAUUUAACAAAGAGCCCUUCAAAUAAUUGACUCUUUGAAAGACUCUGGUUGACACUGGUGUUAGUGACAAAACCUGUUUUGAAGACCCAGGACCACAAGACAUAAUAGAGAAGACAGACAUGUAGAAACGGAUAAUAAUGUGAUAUACAACUGCAUGUACAUGUAUGUCGUUUCAGCUCUUCGACGUAACUUUAGGGUGUAGCGAUGUACAUGUAUGUCAUAUAUGGAACAUCCAACACAAUAGAGCUAGCGACAAUGUUAUGGCUGUGCCCAGUACAACACCUUGUCAAUAGAUGUCGUAUCCAGCCAUGCCUUGAUGACAGCCAUUCCAAAUCAUAAAGAAACUACAUGUUGUUAUUU